AUGGAUCCCCCGAGGACGAGAAGAGCUAGAGCCGACGCGGCGGCGUGGUACUUGUCGACGAUUCUGCUGGGGCUGAUUCUGGUGGCGUCGAUCAGGGAGAGCUACUCGUCGUUGGCGGAGACGGAGGCGGCGGCGGCGGCGGCGACGACGAGGGGAAACCGGCUGGGCGGUCGGGCGUGCGAGGAGAUAUACGUGGUGGGAGAAGGGGAGACGCUGAAUACGAUCAGCGACAAGUGCGGCGACCCGUACAUCGUGGAGGAGAACCCGCAUAUCCAUGACCCGGACGACGUCUUCCCGGGCCUCGUCAUCAAGAUCACCCCUUUCUUCCCCAGGAUUAAUUGCUAG